CAACUUCUCCAUGGCUUCUUCUGCUUCCCCACUUCUUCCUCUUCCUCUAUCCGCUCCCAAUUCACAUUCUCUCUCCACUGACAUUACCGAUUCCUUCUCGCUCUUGUCAAUUCCGAACCCUACACUCAAAACCCCUACAAUUCGCUCUCGCCUUAGCAAACUAUGUCAAGAAGGCCAACCUCACCUUGCUCGCCAAUUGUUCGACAGUCUUCCUCGCCCUUCCACUGUUCUAUGGAACACCAUCAUCAUUGGAUUCAUCUGCAACAACAUGCCCUUAGAAGCCUUGUUGUUCUACAGUCAAAUGAAGUCUACCCCAGGUACUCGAUUCGAUUCUUAUACUUACUCUUCCACUCUCAAGGCCUGUGCUGAAACUCGAAACCUUAGAGCUGGUAAAGCGGUGCAUUGCCAUUUCCUUCGGUGCCAAUCGAACCCAAACCCCAGUAGGAUUGUGUAUAAUUCGCUCUUGAAUAUGUACUCUACGUGCUUGAGUGGUGUGGAAUAUUGUGGUUCGAAGAAUGACUAUGUGCUUAAAGUGUUCAACUUUAUGCGUAAACGAAAUGUUAUUGCUUGGAAUACCUUGAUUUCAUGGUAUGUGAAGAAGGAGGCGCACGCUGAAGCAGUUAAACUGUUCAGCACGAUGAUGAAAAUGAGAAUAACGCCGAGUUCUGUCAGUUUUGUGAAUGUAUACCCUGCUGUAUCGAGCUUGGGAGAUUAUAAGAUUGCAGAUGUAUUUUAUGGGUUGCUUCAUAAAUUUGGGUGUGAAUAUGUGGAGGAUGUGUUUGUUGUGAGCUCAGCUAUAAAUAUGUAUGCUGAGCUUGGCUACCUUAGUUAUGCUAGGUUGGUUUUUGAUCAAUGUAAAGAGAGGAAUACUGAGAUAUGGAACACUAUGAUUGGUGGAUAUGUUCAAAAUAACUGUCCAAUUGAAGCAAUCAGCAUUUUCAUUCAAGCCUUAGAAUCAAAAGAGGCUGUAUGCGAUGAUCUGACUUUUCUAUCAGCCCUAACUGCUAUUUCACUGUUGCAGAAGAUAAAAAUGGCUGAGCAGCUACAUGCAUUUAUUUUGAAAAGUAUGGCAAUCUUACCAGUUAUUAUUCUGAAUGCCAUUAUUGUUAUGUACUCAAGGUGCGAUUCAAUUGAUACAUCGUUCAAAGUUUUCCAUAAGAUGCUUGAAAGGGAUGUAGUUUCGUGGAAUACCAUGAUUUCUGCUUUUGUGCAAAAUGGUUUGGAUGAGGAAGCACUAUUGCUUGUCUAUGAGAUGCAGAACCAAGGGUUUAUGAUUGAUUCUGUGACCGUGACUUCUCUUCUUUCUACAGCUUCUAAUCUUAGGAGCAAAGGUAUUGGAAAGCAGACUCAUGCAUAUGCAAUUCGUCAUGGGAUACAAUUUGAGGGCAUGGAAAGCUAUCUAAUAGAUAUGUAUGCAAAAUGUGGUUUGGUUAAACCUUCAGAAUGGAUAUUUGAGCAAAACUGUCCAGGUGAUAAAGAUCAUGCUACAUGGAAUGCAAUGAUUGCUGGUUACACCCAGAAUGGGCUGCAUGAAAAAGCCUUUCUGAUUCUUGGAGAGAUGCUUGAGCAGAGGGUAACACCAAAUGCUGUUACUUUAGCAUCAAUUCUUCCAGCUUGUAGUUCAACGGGAAUCAUAGCCUUUGCCAAGGAACUUCAUGGAUUCUCCAUUCGUCACAGCUUAGACCAAAAUGUUUACGUGGGAACUGCUUUAAUUGACACAUAUUCCAAAUCAGGUGCAAUCAGUUAUGCGGAAAAUGUGUUUACUUGUAUACCUGAGAGGAAUUCAAUCACUUUUACCACAAUGAUGUUGGGUUAUGGCCAGCAUGGGAUGGUUAAGAGAGCUCUUACUUUGUUUCAUUCUAUGCAGGAAUCUGGCCAUAAACCUGAUGCUGUUACUUUCGUUGCCAUCUUGUCUGCUUGUGGUUAUGCUGGAAUGGUUGAUGAAGGUCUGAAAAUAUUUGAGUCUAUGGAGAAAGUACAUAAAAUUAAGCCCUCCGUUGAACACUAUGGCUGUGUUACUGACAUGUUAGGGAGGGUAGGCAGGGUGCUUGAAGCGUAUGAGUUUGUCAAGGGAUUGGGUGAAGAUGGUAAUGCACUAGAAAUUUGGGGAUCACUUCUUGGUGCUUGCAGAAAUCAUGGAUGCUUUGAAUUGGGAAAAGUAAUUGCUAACAAGUUGAUUGAUUUGGAGGCACAAAAAGGGAUAGCAGGUUACCAUGUUUUGCUCUCAAAUAUGUUUGCAGAAGAAGGAAAGUGGCAAAACGUUGACAAAGUGAGAAUUCGGAUGAAGGAAAAAGGUUUGCAGAAGGAAACAGGUUGUAGUUGGGUUGAGAUUGCUGGGUCUGUGAACUUCUUCGUAUCUAAAGAUGAGAGCCAUCCUGAAAGUGAUCAGAUAUAUAGUAUUCUUGACAGGUUAACUAUGGAGAUGAAACAUGAAGGUUAUAAGGCAUUUUACAGGCCAAAAUUAUGGGAUCUUGGGAUAUGAUGAAUGAGAUGAAUUUUGAACAGAUUUGUCAACACAAGUAAAUUCUUCGUUACUCAAGGUUACAGAAAGCAAGAAAAUGAAGGUAGCUUGUCAUUACACUGGUCACAGGCUUGGUUUCAGUUUAAGACAUAACACUGCAAGAUUGAUAUUGAUUUCCAAUGCUUCCAGUUCACGUAUAAUAUAAUAUGAUGCACUUUUGAGAGUUGGAACAGACCUUGUGAAGUGUAUUCUUCGGUCCAGAUUGUCACUCAUAGCUGCCUGUUUGUGUCCAUAUAUAAUAUGAUGCACAUAAGUGCUGGAAGCUCUACCAAGGGAGGUUAUAUAACCAUCCGUAUUGUAAUUGAUUCAGAACCAAGCAAGGGAAUGGCAUGUCAGAUAAGCCUGCAACAAUCUCAGGAAGAUCCAGCACGAUGCAUUUCAACAUGGGAAAUGCUUCACAGAUAAUCUUGGCAGUGGUCCCAGUUCCACCACCAACAUCAACAAUGGAAUUCAAGCCCUCAAAAACAGAUUCCAAGUCACUCAGUGCCACUUUCAUGAAUAGAGAAUCACUAGACAUUGCUUCUUGGAAGGCUGCCAAGUCUGCAGGGUUUUGAUUAAGGAAGUCAUAAAAGCCUACCCCAAAUGCUGUCUCUCUCAAUGUUUUUUCCUUCCCACGAACCCAUUUUCCUAACUGAUGAUACAUCUCAAGCCUAGUGGGCCUAAGGGCCCACUGAACCAUUGAAGAUAAACAAUGGUUUGUGCCACUCACAAGAAGCUGAGAUGCAGAAGUGAGAUCAUAUGCUACUUCACUUUCUUCUUCAAUGUUGUUGCUUUCGAUGAUAGAGAAGAGGCCAUUGUGCGCCAGCAAGCGCAUGAGCCCUUUCACGAAGUUAGCUUUUGAGGGUGGGACUUUGAGAGCUGACACCAACUGAGAUAUAGAGAUGGGUUGGCCAUUCUUGUGGAUUAUGUCUGGUAUUUCAAGCUCAAUGGCACACUUGAGACAUGCAGAAGACAUCCAAAAGUACAUGUGUUUGUACAGCUGGGCUUGGCCAUGAAAAAGCUCCCUGGUUUUGCCUCCAAUUCCAUCCAUUGACGUAGUGAGGUGGAAUUGCCAAAUGAAUUGUUGAAGAUAAAUCUGCUACAACCUCAGGAAGAUCCAGUACUGUGCAUUUCAGCUUUGGGAAAGCUUCGCUGAUAAUCUUAGCAGUUGUCCCAUUUCCACCACCAACAUCAACGAUGUAACUCAAUCCAUCAAAAACAGAUUCCAAAUCUCUGAGUGCCACUUUCAUGAAUCUAGAAUCACUAGCCAUUGCUUCUUGAAAGGCCGCCAAAUCUGCUGGGUUUUGAGUAAGGAAGUCAUAAGUGCCUAGGCCAGAUGACGUCCCUCUCAGUGUGUUUUCCUGCCCACAAACCCAUUUCCCCAAGUUAUGAUAAAGAUUAAACAAAGCAGGGCUUACAGCCAAAUGAACCAUUGAACAUAGACAAAGGUCUGUGCCAUUCACAAGAAGCUUUGAUGCAGGAGUGAGAUCAUAUGCCUCUUCACUUUCUUCUUCAGUUGUAUUACUUUUGCUGAUAGCAAAGAGGCCAUUGUGAGCCAGCAAGCGCAUAAGCCCUUUCACAAAGGUAGCUUUAGAGGGUGGAACAUUGAGAGCUGACACCAGCUGAGAUAGAGGGAUGGGUUGGCCAUGCUUGUGGAUUACGCCUGGUAUUUCAAGAUCAGUGGCACAUUUGAGACAUGAAGAGGACAUCCAAAGAUACAUGAGCUUGUACAAUUGGGCUUGGCCAUGAAACAACUCACAGGUUCUCUCUCCAAUUUCAUCCAUGGAUGAAGAGGAUGAAUUGUUGCAGAUUCGUCUCCUUCAUCCAAUUUAUUCACCACAUUUAGUUUCAGUUACUUUGUGAGAAUUGCGCUUUUGCCAAGUGUAAAACAUGCAUGCAAGAUUUUGUCAUUGGAACAACACGUUAGCCCCUAGUCUUAUUAUAAAUAUAAAAGAUACUUAAUGUCAUUAAA